GCCGUUGGAAUUUCUCGGCGUUCGCAUCCACCCCCAGCAACAUUUUCUAACACGAGCCGGCGUUGACCUGAUCACUACAAACGCUAACGUAUCCUGCACUCCAAUUACGCAGGCAAGACUUACUUAGCCUGCCUGCGCCGUGCGUGACAAGCUCUCGAUUGCAAGCACUUCUUGCUUGUUGGCCGCCGCCGUGUCCACCCAUGUCGUCGAGCCCCACCGUGGGGGGCGGCGCCCCGUACGACGGCGGCUCGACGAGCUCGUUCAUGCAGCGGCGGCAGGAUCAGCAGCAGAGCUACAGCUUCAGCGGCCGCGUCCUGCUCACGGCCGUUGUCAUCCUCGCCAUCCUCACCGUCGUCUUCGUCCUCGUCCGGCUCCUACUCUACCAGUUCGUCGCGCGGGGCAGGGGCAGCCUCCGCCGCUCCUUCGUAUCCUUCGGCAGGAGCAGCGGCCGCCACGGGCUCGACGCCUCCGCGCUCGCCGCCCUCCCCGUCACCGAGUACCGCCGCAAGGUAGAGGCUGACGGCGAUGACGGAUCCACUUCCACCACCGGCGGUGCCGCGGCGGCGACGGAUUGCGCGGUGUGCCUGUCGGAGCUCGCCGACGGCGAGAAGGUGCGCGCGCUGCCGAGCUGCGGCCACGUCUUCCACGUCGAGUGCGUCGACGCGUGGCUGCGGUCCAGGACCACGUGCCCGGUGUGCCGGGCCGAGGUGCGGCCCGACAAGGGGGCGGGGGGCGCGGGCGCGCGGUCGCCGGCUCUGGCGACUCCGCCUCCGGCGUUGUUCGGAGCGGGGGGCACGUUGGUUGUGACCGUGGAAGGCGGCGUCGCGGAGACCAGGGACGCGCGCACGCCAGUGCUCGGCGCCGCGGUCAACCGGCCGGGGCCGUAGUAGGGUAGGUCGGCAAAAGCGACACUACGAUUUACGACUGCUUCUCAUGGAUGUAACUAGCUUAGAAUCGUUAAUAGUACAUGUAUAGUAAAUGGGCUCAAGCCUGGUUGGUUAGCUCAUUGUAGAGUGGAGUUAGGAGCCACACUUCGAAUCCCCAUUUGCACAGAUAUUAAGCCAUCAAAUAUGGCCGGGGCUAGACCCUGUAGUCGUAAAAAAAUUCUUGUAACUUUGUGAGAAGAUAAAGCUUGUUCCUACUUAUGAA